AUGAUUUUUGGUAAAUCUAUUACAUUGUCAAAAAUUUUGAAAUUGAGAUUUUUUUACUAAUUAAAUCGAAAAAAAACGAAUAAAUGAUAUUAGAAGAAAAAUUUCGGUAAGACCAAUAUACCACACAACAAUGGAAGAUGGUGUUAUUCCGAACGUGCAACCGCAACCAGAACAAGCAGAUAACGCUCCAAUUCCGCUUAGAAUAUGCAACAAACAGGUUUGCAAACGUCAAUUUGCACCUGCUUCGAAGGCAUACAGAAAGAAACCUAUAAAUAGACCAAGCCAAGAAAGAAAACUAUCGGCACUAAACAGGAAGAGCCGAAAUAAAACACAAAUCAGAGAUGUGCCAUCUUACAUACGAACAGAAAUGGAGAUUUUGAAACAUCUGAGACAUGUAAACUACAACUUGAAGGUACUACUCAAACCAAAAUGCCACUGUAACCAAAUCCCACGAGAUCGCACGAGAAUUGUGGCUAAACCCAACUAUGAGACGAAGCGGCUAAGCAGAAACAGAAUCCUGGUUAAGCAACAAAAGAAUGGCGCAGCAUCGAAGAGCGACACCGCCUCCAAGCGCAAUGCAUUCAAUACUGACAUCACGAAUAGUGGCUCAGCAAAUAAGGAACAACACCCUCAACCUAAUGCAAAAUUUAAGAUAAGUCAUAAAUGUAGUUGUAAUAAAAAGUGUGACGUAUCCGCGCCGCAAACACCAACCGAUGCACCAACAAAGUGUCAGCGCACGCUUCAUCGUUUCAUAUUGCAUUUUAAGCCCAAACGUGAAUGUGACAAGUGCAAGGCUGCAGAUGGCAUCACCAAAGCACACAACGAGAGCAAACUAAGUAAAGAAGGCGAUGCAAAAACUGAACAUCAAAAAUGUGGGCCUCAUAGAUCUAAAAAACAUUUGCCAACGCUAAUGAGACGAGAUACAACGAGCAGAGUUGGACAGCAAAAACAAGACAAGAAGCCGGUGCAAAAUGAACGAACGCUAAAACAAAAGAUGCUAGGACCCUGCUUGAAAUGCGCUGGAAAAAAGAGCGAGCCAAUGCGAAAGGUAGAAGAGAAAAACAUGCCGAAGAAAGAAGCAAAAACUACUGAAAAUCACGCGAAAGCAGAGAAGUCAAACAAAGAAACCGUCGACGUUUCAACCAUUGAAAGAACUCAGGAAGUAGAAUUGACAAAAACGCAACAGCCAACGAAGGCGAGUGAAAGAAAGGUACCUGUGGCUGAGAAAUGGCAAAAAUAUUUGAAUUUGUUUAAUCCGCGUAAGAAACAACCACAACAAGAAGAAGAAGUGGAGCGGAAAAGAGAUCAAAGUGAGGAAUUUAGGUUGAAAAGAGCUAAGGAAGAAAAAAGCAACUAUGAAGCACGGCACGGUAUACUUAGCACCUUGAACUUGUUUCCAAAACCUACUCAUAGAGACAUAAAGUACCUAGAAAACCUCAAGGCAUAUAAGAAAAACGAACCGAAACCGGAGCGCAGAACAGUGUACGCUGAGACUAAACCGUGCAAUAUAAAAAACCCAACCGAUACACCAAGCACAUCCUCACUUGAAGAGUUUUUUCGGAGGGUUUCAGAACGGAUGGUGCGCGAACAAAAAGAAGCCGACACCCGCAGACCACCGCGUAGAAAAAAACACAUUACAAGUAAUACUUUGUAUCGUAGAAGAGGUCAACAUCUAAGAGGACAACAGGUUCAGUACCAGCCACGGAGUAUAAGCGGCAAAAGUUGAGAUUGGGAGAUGGCGCAUUUUAAAGUUAAUACUUUACUAUAGAAUAAUCUACCUAUACUAAUAUACUGGUGAUCUACUACUAAACUCAAUUUAAUGAUUAUGAUUAAAAAUUGCUAAAUGCUUAGAGACUCGAUCUAAA